AUGGCUAUAUUUUUAGCUAUUUUUCAUCUUCUCUUGUCCGUUGUAAGCCGAGCUGGCAUCUCUGGCGGCGCACAGCUGUUUGAGCAGCAGAAAGAAACAGCAAAAAAGGGGAGUAAUUACAUAAAAAAACACACUGACCGGCAACUUUUGGACGACUUUUCCCGAAGAUUCCGCCAAAAAAAGAGGGGCACUGGCACUUGCACCCAAAGCAUGAGUGGUUACCAAUAUCUGGACGUGAAGCUAAAACUCCGUGAUCCAGACUCCGUGACUCUGACGCCCGUAUUCUUCUGUGGCUGCAUCCAUAGCUCCUUGGCCAGUAUAUUUGGCGAAAUCGGUGGCCAGACCACACUGGACAUUGUGAAAUUUAGUUCCAGCCAAAAACGCUCCAUUCUCCGGGUGCCCGAGAACUUCCUGGAUCGCGUUCGCGUAGCUAUAGCCCUGAUAGGAUACUAUCAGGAGGUGCCCUGCCAUUUUCAGGUGCUCAGCACAUCCCAGAAGCCCUUGGAUUUCGAGGAAUCCCCCGAGGAGUUCCUAGCAUUUAACUAGCCUAACCGCAUCAGGAUGUCAUU